AUGUACUGUGCCUGUUGCUGAUCAUGAAAACGCAGUGACUCUUUCAGAACGCACCGUUACUGAGCAGCACACACAGAGUCCCUCUUCUUCAGUGCUUUCAGCCAUCAAUCAGAUCUAUCAUUCGCCAUCAUGACUGAGUCUGCCGAGGCGGUGGCUGCCAACGUGAGCAGCAGGAGACACGCCACCGUAGAGAUCACCAACCUGACAAACAACUACUGCUUCCUCAACCCAAAGGUUUAUCUAGAGAACGGUGAAACCUCCAAUCCACCUCAGCCCACAGUCCGCCCCCUCAAGACUGAAGUGUGUACUUUCAGCAAGAGCGCUGCACAUGCCACUGGCAGCGUGGGGGUUCUGACCUACGACCUGUUCGAGCGAAGAAGAAAUGACUACACUGAGACCCUGGCCAUCAUGUUUUCUGUCCCUUGGGACUACAAUCUGUAUAAAAAUUGGUUUGCUGUGGGCAUCUACCCUAAAGGAAAAGAGUGUGACCAGGCACUUUAUAAAGAAAUGUACUAUCAAAAGAACCAGCACGGCUUUGUGAGGGAGGAGGCCAAUGGGUCAGGCAUUAACUUCGAGGGUAAAAACCUAGACAUCAGGGCCACCAUGUGUCCUAUGGGCAGGGCGAUCGUAAAAGUGGAGGUGUGGGACAAGCUGUUGAGUCCUAUGGCUCAGAUGGAUUGCUAAAUGUAUAAGUUAGUCAGCCAUUUCUAAAGCCAUUGCUGAAUCAAAAUGAGAGGUAUUUCUUGAACAGAGGAAAUGAAAUUGUACAGAUAAUGGAGCUUGAUUUAUAUAUGUAUACAGUAGUCAGCAUUCAAAGGGAAUUAAAAAUAUUUUUCAAAAUUGUCUUAGAAGAAGUAUGGGUUCUGUUCAAUAGUUUUAGGACGAAUUUGAUAUUUGAUGAAAGGUGACAAUCCACUUCAAAUACUGACAACUGUAUAUAUAUAUAUUUCCCAUCACAAGCUUCUACUCAGGAUAAAGGAUUCUCAAAUAUAUACAUUUUUUUAAAUACAAAGACGAAAUGUAAACUAGACAUUAAUUAAUAAAAAAGUCAGGUGGCUUAAAUGAAUUGCAUAUAAAAUUGACAAAUGAUAUUUGAAAUUAAUGGUCACUCAACAGACCAAUAAUGUCAAUAAUAAUAAUAAUUUUUAUUAGUAUUAUUAUUGUUAUUAUUUUAAGUAAAUGAACCAAAAAACUCUCCAAAAGUUCAUUUUUAAAUUGAAUUUCCCUACUUCACAAAUGUUGGUUUUGCUUAUAAAGUACCUGACAAUUUCUCUUUCUCAUGUUGAUUCAUAUCCUUAAAUGUUGAGUGUUGUUGAUUUCAUUAAGCUGUACCAUAAAAACUGUACAAUAUAUUCAGGAAUUUGCAAGAGAACUGUAUUCAUAUACAAUGGAAACUAAUAAAAUAAGAUCUGAUUGUCACUGUUUACUUUAUUUUCUGUAAACCUAUUACUUUCUGUGCAUUGUUUUGCAUAGUAAAAUAAAAACCCAUUUUCUAAUUUCAAUGUAAGAUGUCGUUUGCCAUUUUGCCUUUUUUUGUGACAGUUUUGUCACUUGAAGUAUAUUCAAUUUAAAGUAAAAUUUAAUUUAAAAGAAAAGUUCAACCAAUUUCAUUUUUGUAAAAUAAAGUAGAACGCUAAAG